GGGUGGGACCGGGAUGGAGUUCCUUGUGGACGGGUUGCACCUCACCCGUACCCACCAGAAAAAGAAAGUCCCCACCACUCUCGACAAACUCCAACACAUCGAUAUUCACUCGCAUGCUCUGUUUGCUGCUGUGGAGCAGGGCCAUGUGGAACGUGCGAGGACCAUUCUCCAGUCGACGGACGUCGAUAUCAACAGCGUCAACAGUGAUGGUUUGUCUCCGCUGGACGUCUCCGUGCUGGUGGGCAACAAGGGCAUGGCCAAGAUCCUAAUCGCCUUCGGUGCUCAGGAGGGAAACCAAUUUAAAUGCCCCGAGGCCCUGGAGGUGCACCUGAAGCAACUAGUGCUGGAGGCGGACCUGAGGCUGCAGGAGCUGGGCGGCCACGGCGGUCAUGUCGUGCCCGCGGCCGCGGCCGGGGCCUUCGCCGCCCCGUCCUUGUCCGUGUCCGCGGCGGACUCCACCUCGUCCUCGUCCUCGGCGGCGCCGUCCUCGUCCGCGUCGUCCUCGUCGGCCGACAAGCAGCUCUCCAUCUGGGAUCGGAGGGUCAAGAGUCUGAAGCGCAUGCUGAUGGGCUUCGAGCAAGCCAGAUGUCCUGACGAACCGUUUCUCGUGGCUGUGGAUGUCACUGGCACCCACUCAGUGACCGUCAGAUUUCAGGAGGCAGAAACAUUGGACUCACAAAUAUGCACAAAAUUUAAAGUGGAAUGGAGCUGCUCGCCUGACUUCAGCAUUUUGGCCGGUGAAAGACAAGUUCUGGAAAUUACUCAUUCAGAAUGUCACAUCAGUGAUCUAGUGCAAGGUCAACGAUACUAUUUCAGAGUUUCGUGUGGCAAUUUGAGAGGCUACAGUAACUCAGUGCUGUCAAGCCCUCCCUCAGUUGUUCCUUCUAGCUGGAGAGAUGUAGAUGGCAAGGAAGCCAGAUUUACAGGAGUAAGUCUGAAAGUUCUUGAUAAUUUAUUCACUGAUAUGCGUAAAGCACGUCCAGAGUUUGCUGCAGAAAUUAAAGAUAUUCAAGAAUCGUCUAGUCCAGGGGGUGAAACACCAAAUGUACAAAGACGGAAGAAAACUACCAUAAAACAACUUUUUACAGCUGCAUCAAAAUUCCAAAAAAACUUACGAAGGGGAGUUUACCUCUCAUGUAUAUUGUACCAUGAAGACAAAGUGCUUGUGACAAAUGAAGACUUUUUACCUGUUAUUGAGGUUGAUGAAACAUAUCCAAGUUGCAUAUAUAAUGAUUUUCACUGGCUCAUGAAGGUAGCUUGUACUUGGGAUGAUGUUAAGUCAUUACGUCAGGAUAUGGAAAAAUCUUUAAACUCAUCAUCCAUUCAUUUUCGUAUGAAAUUGCUUCAAGCUGCAGCUCAAAUGCAGACUGCUCUAUGUAUUCAAGACCUUGGUCAACUCUAUCAUAAGCCACUUCGAGAUUCACAAGGAACUUUAGUCAUAUCUAUGAUAAAUUAUGUUCGUUCUCCCAAAUCUGUGUCAGUGCUGAAUUCCCGGUGGUUACCCAUUGGGAAAGUAGUAAAGAAAGCCUCAAACCAUGAUGACCCAAAUGUUGGUGAAAUUCUUAUGGCAUCUAUUCAGGAACAAAUCAUGUAUCAUCAAGUUAGCAGCAUAAGAUUAUCCCGAGGGUUGUACCUGGGGUUCCUAAAAAUGCACAGCUCAGUAGAUCUCAUUCAAGUUGUAGUGCCAUCCAAAACACCAAACGUUUUACCCCAUUGCAAAAUUCGGGACAACCCUCAUGUUUCUGCGGAGGAAUGGGGAGGUUUGAAAUGUCUUAAAGGAAAACUGAGUGUGGCUGUAGCAUCUAAGUCAGAAAAGAAUAACUUAGAAGAAAACCAAUCUUCAAGUAUGGAAGAACUUGCUUCUAGUGCUUUCCAAUCGGAGCAACAAAGAGUGUUCGUGGAUUUGGUGGCUUCAACAGCUAGACGGCUUUUUUCAUACAUGGAAAUCAGUCCUGAGGAGUCUCAUAUGCACAGAUUAUAUGAUGUGGAAGUUGUUGAUCUGACACCAGAAGUGUCCUUCCUGGUGGCCGUUCCCCCUGCAGAGAGUGCAUGUGCAGUGCCUGGUCAGAGAGAUAUGCUGCUGCAGCGUGGAGAUCUUCUUUCCCUUCCACUGCAAGUUUUUGAAAUGGUCCAUUUGGCUUCAUACCAACACAACAUCAUUUGCCGCUACUCACGGCUUUCAUGCAUCCUGGAGUUAGACAUGCUCUUAGCACAACACAGCCUAAGAGAGGCAUUCUCAACUGCAGAGGUGUCCCAGGCCAAAGAACGCUUAUGGAAGCUUCAAGAAAUUGAUUCCCAGUUGAAUGCUGUUAAGAAAGGCAUCAGGUGGCUUAUGGACUUGGUAACUUUUACAAGAGAUCGUGGUUGCCAACCGGUCAGUGGAUCUCCUGGUAUACCCAUGAGGACCUUGUUGGCAAUUGGAGCUCCAAGUAAAGGAAAAGAUGGUGGCUCUUUAGGUGUGAAACGUAGUCUCCUACAGAUACCGCCACGCGAUCAAAAGCUUGUAAAGUCAAGUGCAAGUCGUGGAAGUUGGCCUGGUCCUGGUGUCAGUGGAGCACCCUGCUUACUUGCUACAGAAUUCAGCAAGAGCGAGCAACAAUUGAAUACUAGUAGAAACACUGCUUCUACCACUACCAUUGCCUCCCCUAGCAUUGCUGUAGCGACUCUUUCCCUGUCUCCCCCACCUCCCCCUCUCCCUCAUCCUCGCUCCCCCAGAUCGACUCCUAUUCUUAGUGGCUCUCCGAGGAAAGGAAGCGCUGGUAGUGUAGGCUCUGUCGGUGUUAAUGCAGCCAGUCCAAGUUAUAGUAAUUCAAGCGUUUGCUCGACGAACCUAGGUGGGAAUAACUCUCCAAGCUCAAUGAAAGGCCUUCCAAACUCCCGCAGUGAAGACACCUUGCUGUUAUCCUCAUCCCAACGAGCUCAUUCUUUGGGCCACCAACGUAGUCGGUCUUCAGUUCUCACAGCCAGUGUCUCAGCCACAACAUCUCCUUUGCUGUCUGUCCGGUCCUCCGUAGUUGGUGGUCAGGCAGUGCCAGUCGGCAGUGCCAUGAGUGUGAGUGGGCUCAGCACUGGGAGUGGUGUCAGUGCCAUAUCCGGCAAUAUGACUGCCACUAGUGAGAGCCAACACUCCCUGUCUUCAGAAGAUUCUGCAGUUGUCAAUCUAGGCAACAACAUGAAUAAGAACCCGCCAGAGGAAGAGGAUGAUGAGGGAGGUGCUGGAUCAGUCGUAGUGCCCAUUCCAUCUUCUGGAAUUCUUCAGGUAUAUGCUGCAUACAAAACUGGACUGGCCUCUGGCACAAGCCUGAAGGUUCACGUGACUCCCCAAACAUCAGCUCGAGAAGUAGUGGACUUAGUUGUAAAACAGCUGAAUUUAGCUGCUGUCUUAAAAGGGAAAGGAGGACCCAUCUAUUCAGAAGAUCGACUGGACAAUUUUUGUCUUGUAGCUGUGAUUGGUGCUCGAGAGCGCUGUCUUCGUGAUGACUUUAAACCCUUACAGUUGCAAAACCCUUGGAGGAAAGGAAGACUCUAUGUAAGGCAAAAACAUGAUGUACUGGCUGCACUAGAUCAAUGUGCACGAAGACCUACUGCGUUUUUGUAGAGUUAAAAAAUUUGUGAUUUUAUUUCAUAGAAGAUUAAAAAUGUAUUUAAUAUUUGAAGCAGAUGUUUCCUUGUCAGUUCUCAAAUUCUAUUUCAAUUUCUGCUGUGGUUUCAAGAUCUUGACCGCUGCAAAGUAGGUGUUUUUUGUUUCUUUUCUCCCUCUCUUUUUCGUGCUUCUAGUGUGAACUUACAUAAAAACUGUUAGGAAAGCUUUCCCGUCUUCAUGGUUCUUUGUCUACCCAUAUUAUAAAGCAUAUUGGUGUGCUGGUCAAUUCCUUUCUUAUAAGCAGCUUGAUAGUUGAAAUAGGUUGUGAAAUAAAUGUUUUCAGGGCCUUCAGAUCAAUUUGUUCAAAUCAACACAAACUUCUUGGUACCAGCUAAUUUAAGCUUUAAAGUUAAUUUAUGUUCAAUUAAAACCAAAAGAAUCAUUAAACUGAGUAGAAGUUUAUCUGAGGGACAAAAGGAAUGCAUUGUUGAAGAAGAAGAGUGAAAUUAUGAAUCUGUGAUAUGUAUAUUUAAUGUUAGUGGAUAUCUUAAAACAUAUGAAAUAUUAUUGUACACAAAAUGGCCAAAUGAUUUAAUGAUGUAAACCAAAUAAAGAAGAAAAGUCUUCUUUCAAAAUGA